UCAGACAGUCGUUGCUCGGUGGAUUCAGCACCACUCGCCCGUGGACAGCUCCCGCAGGACCGCUUUACAUGGACAGAACACUCAUUUAUGUGCCAAGUCAAACUGGAAGUUUACAACUUGGAGAGGAAUCUACGGAUACCUCACUACAUGAAACACGGACAUAUUCCCCUUGGGAAAGAAUACAAAUUCACUGUUAACUGAAACUGUGUCGACUUCGAUCGCGUGUUUGUGUGGAUCUCUGCUGCUGUCUGAAAUCGGAGACAUGGCGACAAACAACACCAAAAGCACCGACGGACAAGUUGUGACGGAACUCAACGAGAUCACAACUAAUGACAAACCCAAAACAGAGGACGCCAAACCAGAGAAGAACAAGAAGGACAUUCCAGACAGGGAAACUUGGGGUGGGAAAUUUGAUUUUCUUCUGUCAUGUGUGGGCUACGCCAUCGGACUGGGAAACGUGUGGAGAUUUCCUUAUCUGUGCGGGAAAAACGGCGGAGGGGCAUUCUUGAUUCCUUAUUUUUUGACGCUUAUUUUUGCGGGAGUCCCUCUAUUUUUUCUUGAAUGCGCUCUUGGACAAUACACAUCCAUUGGUGGCCUCGGGGUUUGGAAACUAGCGCCAAUGUUUAAAGGUGUUGGUCUUGCGGCUGCUGUUCUCUCAUUUUGGCUGAACAUUUACUACAUUGUCAUCAUUGCCUGGGCCCUGUACUAUUUAUACAACUCCUUUACCACUGAUCUUCCAUGGAAAUCGUGUAACAACCCAUGGAACACAGACAGAUGUUAUACAAACUACAGCAUAGUAGACACCACCAAUCUCACCAGUGCUGUCAUGGAGUUCUGGGAACGCAAUGUGCAUCAAAUGACCGAUGGCUUAGAAAAACCUGGUGAAAUUCGUGUGCCGCUUGCAAUAACACUGGCCAUUGCCUGGGUCCUGGUGUACUUCUGUAUAUGGAAAGGUGUUAGCUGGACUGGAAAGGUUGUUUACUUCUCUGCCACCUAUCCAUACUUCAUGUUGUUCAUUUUGUUUAUCCGCGGAGUGACCCUGCCCGGGGCUAAAGAGGGAAUCUUGUUCUAUAUCACUCCUGAUUUUGAGAAGCUGAAGGAGUCUGAGGUCUGGUUGGAUGCGGCAACACAGAUUUUCUUCUCCUACGGUUUGGGUCUAGGCUCCCUUAUUGCUCUGGGCAGCUACAACCCUUUCAAUAACAACGUGUACAGGGACUCCAUCAUUGUGUGCUGCAUUAAUUCCUUCACUAGCAUGUUUGCUGGGUUUGUGAUUUUCUCAAUUGUGGGCUUUAUGUCACAUGUGACAAAGAGACCAAUAGCUGAUGUAGCUGCGUCAGGACCGGGUUUGGCAUUUUUAGCUUAUCCGGAAGCUGUAACGCAGUUGCCCGUUUCACCACUGUGGGCCAUUCUCUUCUUCUCCAUGCUGCUGAUGCUGGGAAUCGACAGUCAGUUCUGUACAGUGGAGGGCUUCAUCACUGCUCUGGUGGAUGAGUUCCCACGGCUACUCAGGAAAAGGAGAGAGAUUUUUAUUGCAUGUGUCUGCGUUGUGUCCUACGCCAUUGGACUGUCCAAUAUCACACAGGGUGGUCUCUAUGUGUUUAAACUCUUCGACUAUUACUCAGCCAGUGGGAUGUGCCUGCUCUUCCUGGUGUUUUUUGAGUGUAUCUCCAUCUCCUGGUGUUAUGGUGUGAACAAGUUUUAUGAUAACAUCCAGGAAAUGAUUGGAUACAAGCCUUGUAUAUGGUGGAAACUGUGCUGGGUUUUCUUCACCCCUCUCGUUGUUGCUGGUGUGUUCCUCUUCAGCGCGGUGCAAAUGGUUCCUCUUACAAUGAACAACUAUGUGUUCCCUAAAUGGGGGCAAGGAGUGGGCUGGCUUAUGGCUCUGUCCUCUAUGGUUCUUAUACCUGGAUAUAUGGGCUACAUGUUUCUCAACCUGAAGGGGACAUAUAAGGAGCGAAUCAGGAUCAUGCUGCAGCCUCCAGCUGUGAAGCGUGCCCAGGAGAACGGGCCAGAGCAACAGCAGUCACAGCCACCGAUACAAGAGCAGUCACCACAGCAGCCGCAAUCACCGCAGCAACCGCAAUCACCACUACAACCACAAUCACCACAACAACCACAAUCGCCAGAACAACCGCAAUCACCACAACAGCCACAAUCACCGCAACAGCCACAAUCACCGCAACAACCGCAGCCACCGGAUCAAGCACCUCAGCAACCACAAUCACCACCACAACCACUGCAGCCGCAGGUACAGGCUGAUAGCUCCUCUCCAACUAAUCCUGGCAACGAUGCCAAUGUUUAAAACCAGUAAAGGUGUACCCCAGCAGAGAGCAAUCAAAGAUUACCAACACAGAAGACUUCCAUCUCUAUACAGUAAUAGAAUCAUCUACCUCCAGGGGUCAUACAUAAAUAUAAAAUGUGAAAAAAAAGAAAAGAAAAAAAAACAUAUUCACGCAAAACA